CCUAUGGAAUCAACAGCAUUCUUUACCAGCGUGGCAUCUACCCCCCCGAGACCUUCACCCGCGUCCAGAAGUACGGGCUCACGCUCCUCGUCACCACCGACCCCGAGCUGAAGAACUACCUCAACAACGUGGUGGAGCAGAUGAAAGAGAACAUCGUGCAGCGCCUGGUCGUGGUCAUCUCCAGUAUCGAAAACAACGAGGUUCUGGAGCGGUGGCAGUUUGACAUAGAGUGUGACAAAACUGCAAAUGAGGAGAGUGCACCACGAGAAAAAUCACAGAAAGCUAUUCAGGAUGAAAUUCGAUCCGUUAUCAGACAAAUAACUGCCACAGUAACUUUUCUGCCCCUGUUGGAAACUGCCUGUGCCUUUGACUUGCUGAUAUACACAGACAAAGAUCUGGCAGUGCCCGAAAAGUGGGAGGAGUCAGGACCACAAUUCAUUGCCAAUUCGGAAGAGGUUCGCCUUCGCUCCUUCACGACUACGAUCCACAAAGUAAACAGUAUGGUGGCCUACAAAAAGGAUUCCUUCCCCUAGCAUGCCCUGGUUCUGUAUAGAUCUUGUCAUCUUGUAUAG